AUGAGCGGCUUCAAGGGCCUUGUCAAGGAGGGCUGGCACCCCAAGGGCAACGACGGCGGCCGCGAGAGCUGGCGAGGUGACUUCAAGGGCAUCAACCAGGUCGCGGGAUGGGUGGGUAAAGGGAAAAGUACCGGCGGUGGUCCUGCUCCCGCCCCGCGCGCAAGUCGGCCUAUCUCCAGCCUAAAAGACCCGGCCUCAUUUGGCCCGCCGCCGCAGAGGGGGAAGACCAAUACCAAUACCAAUACCACUAUCAAUACCACUGCUGGCGUCAGGCCUGCUCCCCCGCCGAUACCAAGACGAUCAACGGAUACACAGGGACAAGGACAGACCCAGAACAAACCGUCUUUACCGCCGAGAUUGCCGCCUAGACGCGCAGAGAUGGACGCGGCUGAGAACAAUACUGAACCGCCGCCCGCGUACGAACUAGCUGCUACCACUCCCACAUCCACAGCAGGCCUGUCCACCGCCGCCUCGGCCGCUGCCAACAGACUCGGUGCCGCAGGCGUAUCUGUACCUGCAUUCGGCAUCAACAAGACUACCAACCACAACCAGAACCAGAACAAUAUGCCAGUGUCUGUCUCGCCGCAGACAACACAGGCAAUGGCAUCAGUAGCCCAGUCCGAACUGCAGCAACGAUUCAACCAGAUGAACCGCUCCGUUCCACCGCCCCCACAAUCAACCACCACUUCCACGCCCGUCUCACCUUUAACUACAAACUCGACGUCCACACCACCUCCCCCACCUCAACGAUCAUCUACAGAACGCACAUCUUCUAAUCCCUCCCUCAACGCCUUCCGAGAACGCCACAACGAACAUAUCCAAGCUGGCAUGAGCAAGCUUAGCGGGCUCGACCAGAAAUACGGCAUAUCCAAGAAAAUCAACAGUUUUAUCGAGGACCAGAAGUCUCCUGCGUAUCCUCAGGGGCAGGGACAGGCCCAGGGACAAGCACAAACACAAUGCCAGUGUCAGCACGGCGCGUCGACCUCACCUCCUCCUCCUCCUCCACCCCCCAUACAUCCAAAUCACCCGUACGCACAUCAACAUUCGAAUACCAGUUCAGCUACAGACUUGAAUAAGCGGAAACCACCUCCGCCGCCGCCGCCGAUGAAGCCUGGCUCUCUGACUUCGAAUGCGGUGCAAGCUAACUCGCCCUCUCCGCCUCCGUUGCCGCUGAAUACCAAGCCACGGUAG